AUGACCGCCAUCAUCCCAAUCAGUAAUGGCCAUGGUGCUGUUACAGAUGUGGGAAUCACUAUCACUUCUGGACAAGGUUCAUUGUCAAACAAGAUUCCAUUGAACGGCAAGUCGGGAGCUUUCCCUAACUCCACGCCUCAUAAUCAUGUUGAAGACGAAGACGAAGACGAGGAAGAAGAGGGAGAACUACCUCGGCUGAACCUUCCAAGCGAUCUAAGGGAGGGGAAGGUGAAGACCACUGAUAGAAAGAACGAGUUCACCAUCCUUCUCGUGGGCGAGACUGGCGUUGGGAAGACCUCCAUACUUUCUCUCAUUGCCAACGUCCUUGCCGGUAAUAAGCCCGACCAGUAUGUCGACAUGCAUGACCCAAGUAAUGAAGCGGGUGGAUCCCAAUCCCGGAGCCAGACAAACAUGGCCAUUGUCUAUGAGUUCAAGAGCCAGAAUGGUAUCAUAGUGCGCAUACUUGAUACACCUGGCCUGGCAGAUACACGUGGAAUUGCACAGGACAGCCUCCAUAAGGCCAGCAUUGCGAGGGCCAUAUCCGACCACAUCGUUGUUGUCAACGCUGUCCUCAUCCUCGCCAAUGGCACCGUCCCCCGGCUGACCGUCGCGACCGACUACGCGCUUUCCACGUUGUCAUCCAUCUUUCCUCGCACUCUCGCUGAUAACAUCGGUAUCGUUUUCACCAACGUCCCCAGCCCACUGUCUUGGAACUUCGAGCAAGACUCUCUUCCGCCGGUCCUUCGCAAAGCAGAGCAAUUCUUGCUGGACAAUCCCGUGGCGAUGCAAAAGAAGUACAACGAGCUGAAGGCGAAGAAACUCCCGAAACAGACGCUCAAACAGCUACGUGAUGGCGUCGUUCAGGGAGAGCUCAAGACCCUUGACAUGUUGGCGUGCAUAUUUGAUUGGCUUGACAAGCUGAAACCCCAACCGACAAAAGAUAUCUUAUCUCUAUAUCAGCAAUCGCAAGACAUCGAGAAGAGAAUACAGAAUGCUCUUGCUCGGAUACAGCAGGCCAAUUCGAAGAAAAAUGAACUCGAGGACAUUAAGAGGGCGAUAAAAAAGGCAAAUCUUGACAUUUACACGCUCAAGGACUUUCAGAAGAUCAUCAAAAGAAAGCGCCACAUCCAAGAUAAUAAGACCUAUCACAGCACGCUUUGCUCGGUACCCGACUGCUACAGCAACUGUCACGAACAUUGUGGUCUGAACUUCUCACUUGAUCCAUAUCAGCUUGGCGAGUGCGCUGCCAUGGACCUCAAGGGUGUGGUGUGCACAGUAUGUGGACACGAGCGAGACCAUCACCGGCACUACAACUCGCUGUGGAAUGAAGUGGAGGAGGACGAGCGGGUUGUCGACCGUGACGCGGAGAAGAAGUACAAGGAAGCGGAGAGCGAGGUGGAGAAGAAGGAAGCCUUGCGAUUGAUAGCGCAGAAGGCUAUUGACGAGCUGACGAAAGACGUCGAGGAGGCAAUAAUCCAGCUUGGAAGGUCGGCAGAUGAGUACGCUAACCUCUCAUUAUCGGGAAACUUCUCCAGCCAGGUUGAGAAGUCGAUCAGCUUGAUGAAACUAAACAUCGAAAAGAUGCAGAAUGAUGGUUCUGACCGGGAACUGAUAGUGAAGUUGGAGAAGAGUAUGGAAAGUAUGGAAAGAAAACUUGACAUUCUGAAGGAGGCUAUGAAGAAAGCGCGAGAAAGCGCCGCGGGAGUGCUGGCAGUGGGAAGGGCUUUCUGCCAAGUUAUCGCCAAAGGUUGGGUUACCUACUGA